CACCUCAUUCUCAGAGCUCCUGCUUCUCGGCUUUCUUUCAUAGCUUACGUUGGAGGGUGCUGCUUCUGUUGGCAGUUGGCUGGGGGAGAUCGAGAGAGAGAGAGUCUUCUUCUACUGACCUGUUAAGUAACUUUUAAUGACUGUUGGAUCCAGACUCCGCGAACGGAAGGGAGAUUCAAGCCUCCGGGAUGGCGUUCAGAGAGACCAUGGCUCCUUGGCCUGAGCUGGAAAAUGCCCAGCAUAACCCCGAUAAAUACAUCGAAGGGGCCACUAGUCAACAGUCAACCACGGCUACGAAAGAAAAGGAGACCGACAAAAAUGACACCGAGACCUCUGUAACCAAGAUUGGACUUCUGCCAUCCCGCUCCACCGUGGCACUGAUAGAGGAGCCCAAGGCGGAGCCCACAGAGGUGGAAGACCCCUGGGAUCUACCCGAGCUUAAGAAAAAGGGGAUCAAGUGGUCAGAGAGAGACACCAAAGGGAAGCUUCUGUGUGUUUUCCAAGGGAUUGGGAAAUUCAUUCUGCUUCUGGGAUUCCUCUACUUGUUCGUAUGCUCCUUGGACAUUCUCAGCAGCGCCUUCCAGCUGGUUGGAGGAAAAGUGGCCGGGCAGUUCUUCAGCAACAACUCUAUUAUGUCCAACCCCGUGGCAGGGCUGAUGAUUGGAGUGCUGGUGACCGUCAUGGUGCAGAGCUCUAGCACCUCCACAUCCAUUGUCGUCAGCAUGGUGGCCUCCUCACUGCUGACCGUGAAAGCUGCCAUCCCCAUUAUCAUGGGAGCUAACAUUGGGACCUCGAUCACCAACACUCUUGUGGCACUCAUGCAGGCGGGAGACCGGAAUGUGUUCAGAAGGGCUUUCGCGGGGGCCACCGUCCAUGACUUCUUCAACUGGCUCUCCGUGCUGGUGCUCCUGCCCGUGGAAGCUGCCACUGGUUACCUGGAGGUCCUGACCAACCUGAUACUGGAGUCCUUCCAUUUCAAGAGCGGAGAAGAUGCCCCGGCAUUUCUGAAAGUCAUCACGGAUCCUGUCACAAAGCAAAUUAUCCAGCUAGAUAACAAAGUUAUCAACCAAAUUGCAAUGAAUGAUCCAACAGCCCAAAACAAGAGUCUAAUCAAGAUUUGGUGCAAAACUCUAACCAACGUGACUCAGGUGAAUGUGACCGUCCCCUCGACUGAGAACUGCACUUCCCCUUCCUCCUGCUGGACAGAUGGUUUCCACACCUGGACCAUCAAGAACGUGACCUACCAGGAGAACAUUGCCAAAUGCCAGCACAUCUUUGUGAAUUCUACCCUCCCGGAUCUUUUCGUCGGCAUCAUCCUGCUGGUAACCUCCCUGUUUGUGCUCUGUGGCUGUCUGAUCCUGAUCGUCAAGAUCCUGGGCUCUGUGCUCGAGGGACAAGUAGCUGCUGUCAUCAAGAAGACCAUCAACACCGAUUUCCCUUUUCCUUUUGCCUGGCUGACUGGCUACCUGGCCAUCCUCGUGGGGGCAGUCAUGACUUUCAUCGUGCAAAGCAGCUCAGUGUUCACGUCUACGAUGACCCCACUGAUCGGCGUCGGUGUGAUAAGCAUCGAGAGGGCGUAUCCACUCACGCUGGGUGCCAACAUUGGCACCACCACCACCGCCAUUAUGGCCGCUUUGGCCAGUCCUGGCAACACUCUGAGGAGCUCACUCCAGAUUGCCCUGUGCCACUUUUUCUUCAACAUCACAGGCAUCUUACUGUGGUACCCAAUCCCGUUCACUCGCCUGCCCAUCCGCCUGGCCAAGGGGCUGGGUAACAUCUCAGCUAAGUACCGCUGGUUUGCCAUCUUCUACCUGGUCCACCUCUUCCUCGUACUCCCACUGACAGUGUUUGGCCUCUCGUUGGCUGGGUGGCCAGUGCUGGUGGGUGUGGGGGUGCCCAUCGUUUUAGUGCUCCUUCUGGUGUUGGUCCUCAAGCUCCUGCAGUCCCGCUGCCCAGGCAUCCUGCCCAAGAAGCUCCAGACUUGGAACUUCCUGCCCUUGUGCAUGCGCUCGCUGAAGCCCUGGGACCGCAUGGUCUCCCUGUGGUCCAGCUACUGCGAGAGACGCUGCUGCUGCUGCUGCCGCGUCUGCUGCCGUCUCUGCUGCCGCGUCUGCUGCCUGCUGUGCUGCCCGUGCUGCCGCUGUAGCAAGUGCUGCCGGGAACUGGAGGAGGUGCAGGACGCCCACAUCAAGGCCCCCGAGGCCUUUAAUAAUGACAUCGCCAUAGUCAGAGAGGCCCAGGAUGGGGCCCCCAAGUCCCCAGUGGAUGCCCUGGACACAAGCACCACCUCUAGCAGCACGGCCUUGUAGGGGCCGCCCGGUGACCGGCCAAGGGGCCCGCAUCUCACAUGCUCCUGCGCCCUCCUGGUUCUGCGCGUCUUUCUCCAUCUCACUGAGAAAUGUCACCGUCGUCAGUUCUGACUCUCAUUCCCCUUUGCACAGUGCGUCAACCUGCACUGUAGUUUUAUACCCACCGCUUCUCCCUGGGUCUUCCACUCCCACGAGGGUGCAGAAUGAUACUGAAAAGAGAAUUAGACAAUGAAACUCAACUAGAGAGAUGAGCACACCCGCCCACCCCUGCACACACUGGGUUGGUCAAUAGGACUUAUUUUCAUAUGUAACCAUCCUCUGAAGUCCCAAAGGAGUAAUUUAUGGGAGUUUCUUAAAGGCGUACACACAUGCUUUUCUAACUGACAAAACUCGGACAUCUCUCCUUUACUGAAGACUGGCUUCAACCAAAGGCAGCUGCUCCCGUGUCCUUGCCCCAGAACAGCCCGGUUCCGGGGAAAUAAUGUAAUCGUCUGGAGACCCAAAGGAGACCACAGGCAUGGGCCUUUCUCUUCCCAGUGCUCCUCAAGCCCCCUGUCAGGCUUUCCUCAUCUGGGCAUGUGUGGCUAGUCCAUUUCACCUGCUGUGUCCUUGAGUUUCUGGGAUGGGAGCCACAUUAAAGCUACAGAGAGAUCAGGAUGCACGUUAGCUCACCUGUCGCUCUAUCUUCCUGAGAGGACAGUGGCCUGUUCCCGAGCUGGGCAGGUGGAGGAUGAGAGCGAGGCAGUGGAGAGCAUUGGGGGGGAGGAGGGGUGGAGGGCGGGGUGGGGAUGGUUUAUGCGCUAAAACGGCCUGGGGUUCUUAAUUUGGCUAUUUUGGAAGCCAAAUUGACUGUAGCUAAAGCCUAGUGCUACUCUUGGACUCAGGUUCUCUUGAGUCCCAGGAAGCACCUGAGCACGGGACAGUUUUACACUUCUGUCUCCUUGCUCUGUGUGCAAGAUGACUGGGUCAGAUUUUGGUAAGCUUCCAUCCAACCACUUAUCCAUCCAUCUAAGCCAGAUGUGCUUUGGAGUUUUGAAACUCUUCCAAACAUUCUGCCAUAUUCCCAUAUAGAUGAACUUUAAUUUCUUGCCUUCUCUCCGUGCCUGCAAAGCUCCAGACUUUUCUCUGAGGGUGGAAACUGGAGGCUGGCUGGUCUCCCACAGAACUGUGAUCAUCAGGUAGCAGUAGGGUUCUUGUGCGUCUGUACAUCCAAGGGGUAUGGUCCUUCUUGUUCCAGAUGCCUUCUAGAGCCCCCUGUUGUAUUUACGCCCCCUCCCUCCACUGCUCCUCGCCCCCAACAACUCAAUCCUCCCUGGAGAGAGUGAGCUUCGACCUAGUCUGGGGAAGGAGGGGUUGGUGGCACCUUACUCCCUGACCCUGCCCUUUCCCAUCCUAACUUACCCUUAACAGGUCAGGGCACCAAACUGAGCCCGCCCCUGACCUUUCCUCCGUGUAGAUACCGAUUCCAUAACAGCCAUUUAUACGCCAUAUUUAUAGCCACGCACCUGUACAGCAUUUUUCAUAACUUAUAUAGUAAAUAGUAGUGCAAUGUGUUUUGUAGGGCUCUCAUUUGGAAAUGAGGCUGGGUUCUAUCAGAUGGAAAGACCACUUUUGUAUUUUUUUGAUAAUCUACCUUUUCAAAGUGCCUGUUAGCCACGCCCAUGCCUCACUCUAAAUAUUGUAAGCUAAACCUGGGCGGGGCUGUGGCCCUCUUUGCACUCUGAUUUUUAAAAAUUGGAUCCUUGUACCUGUGUUGAUUGUAUUUUUUUACUGGUUGUGGGAAGGGGAAAAUAAAGAUAAUCAAACCCAAAAGGAGUGUGUCGCUUUCUAUUAUAUGGAAAUAAGGACCUCCUGGGUCUAUUAGCUAAUAAUGUUAGGCCAUUUCCCUUACUUAAUGUCAUUAUUCAUGACCAGGGCCAGUGACAUAAUUUGUGAGGCCCCUUGUUCCAAAAGCAGGGGGAAAGGCCAUUAGAGGUAUUAACAAUAUAAAGCUUUCCUUUCUUCCGUGAUCUCUCUCUCAUCUUAAAAUUUUGCUAUUUGCAGA